GUUUCAAAUCCGACCUGUGGCUUCUUACGGUGUCAUUCCCCUCUGUCUCUCUCUCUAGCUCAGAUUCAUAACUCUAUGACCUGUCCUAUUGCUAAAUAAAGGCAUUAAAAGCCCAAAAAUAAACCUUUUAAAAAAAAGUUGUUUGAGUAAAAGUUUAGCUCGUUUAGUCUCUUACUUGAAAACCAGUGGACUGACUUUAAAUGUGAAUAAUACACUUCUUCUUUUUUUACGUCAGUAAGGAUUUCUGAAAAUGGAGAAAGGAUACCCACCACAGGAGUCAGCUCCACCGUACCCGGGGCCGCCUCUGAACUAUGGGGGCGCCGCGCCUCAGCCAGAGAUGUACCCACAGCCGGGGAUGUGCCCACAGCCUGGAUUCUACCCAACAGCACCGCCCGCUGGAUACCAGGCCGGUGUUCCCUACGCUCCUCCUGCACCUGCAGCAACAGUCACUCACCUGGUUGUAACAGCGGGGCUUCAUGACAGCCCGGGACAAGCUCUGUGUCCGCACUGCCAGCAGACAGUGGUCACCGUGACGCAUCACACAGCGGGCCUGAUGACCUGGGGCAUCUGUGCCGGCCUCACCUUUUUUGGGUGUUUUCUCUGCUGUUUCCUCCCGUUCUGCAUUGAGUCCUGCAAAGACGUGGAGCAUCGCUGUCCAACCUGCCACAAAGUCAUCUACAUAUUCAAACGGUGGUGAACAUUACCUGAAUGGAACCACUUUUCUAUGGCCUUUUAAUAGCCUUACUUGUUUAUGCAAUGUUUUGAUAUUAAUCUAAAUGUUAAAAAAUGCACUUGUGACUAUGGAGCAUCAAACUGGGAGGACUUGAUGUCCGCAUUCAUGUUUGUAAUUCAUUAAACAAGAGAUGUAACCAAAAAAAAGAUGCAAAGUAAAAAAACUUUGAGAAAACGAAACCUUA